CUUCCUAGCUCAGCGCCGCCUGGAACAAGAAGAAGAAAGAGAAGGGUGGCAUUUUGGAAGAAGAGGCAUCUUCUUCUUCAAAAUUUUCUAUAUUAUUUUGCUCGUGGGUUGGCUUAGCCAUUCCAAGGUCUACAAGGGGGAAUUUUUUUCACCUUGCCCAGGGGCUAUAAAAGAGCGACCUUCCCACACAGAGAUAGAGCCGCAGAAAGACAUAUGAAGGGAUUGCAGAAAACUAGUAAGAGAAGAACCUUGUAAAGCCCGUCAUUGUGAACAAGUGAAGGACCAGCCUUUUGUGGGGACUAAAGUGAAAACUAAGGAAGAAUGAAGUACGUCUUGGUGACAGGUGGUGUUGUCAGUGGACUCGGCAAAGGGGUCACGGCUAGCAGUAUUGGGCUUCUGCUUAAGGCUAGCGGUCUCCGAGUUACUUCAAUCAAGAUUGAUCCCUAUCUGAAUACUGAUGCUGGGACAAUGUCUCCUUUUGAGCAUGGGGAGGUUUAUGUUUUAGACGAUGGUGGUGAGGUUGACCUUGAUUUGGGAAAUUAUGAGCGUUUCAUGGAUAUCAAAUUAACCCGUGACAACAAUAUCACCACUGGAAAAAUAUAUCAAUCUGUUAUUGAGAAGGAGAGAAGAGGCGAUUAUCUGGGAAAGACUGUCCAGGUUGUUCCACACGUAACAGAUGCCAUCCAAGAGUGGAUAGAGCGUGCAGCAAAGAUACCAGUUGAUGGAAAAGAAGGACCUGCUGAUGUUUGUGUUGUUGAAUUGGGUGGAACUAUAGGUGAUAUUGAGUCUAUGCCUUUUAUUGAGGCACUUGGCCAAUUUUCGUACCGAGUAGGCUCUGGCAACUUCUGUUUGGUUCAUGUCAGCCUAGUCCCUGUUCUUAAUGUUGUUGGUGAACAGAAAACAAAACCAACUCAGCACAGUGUCCGUCAACUUAGAGGGCUAGGUUUGACUCCCGAUGUUCUAGCUUGUCGCAGCUCAAAGGAGCUCGAUGGGAAUGUCAAGGCAAAAUUGUCUCAGUUUUGUCAUGUGCCGUUACCAAACAUAGUUACUCUUCAUGAUGUUCCAAACAUUUGGCACAUUCCUUUGCUAUUAAGAGAUCAAAAGGCGCAUGAGGCAAUCUUUAAAGCAUUGAACUUGACAAGUGUUGCUACGGAGCCUAAUUUGGAGGAGUGGACUGCAAGAACAAAAGUUUAUGAUUCAUUGAAAGAACCUGUUAGAAUCGCAAUGGUGGGAAAAUACACCAGCCUUUCAGAUGCUUAUCUUUCUGUUUUAAAGGCGCUUUUGCAUGCUUCUGUUGCUUGUAAGCGUAAACUUAUCGUGGACUGGAUUUCAGCUGGGGAGCUGGAAGAUGCUACAUCUAAGGAGGAUCCUGAAGCACAUAAGGCUGCUUGGCGUCUUUUGAAGGGUGCUAAUGGGGUUCUGGUUCCUGGGGGUUUUGGUGAUAGAGGGGUGCAAGGGAAAAUCCUUGCUGCUAAGUACGCUCGAGAAAAUAAUGUUCCAUAUUUGGGUAUUUGCCUGGGGAUGCAAAUUGCCGUUAUCGAGUUUGCACGCUCUGUUCUGGGUCUACAUGAUGCUAACAGCACAGAGUUUGAUCCUGAAACGAAGACCCCCUGCGUUAUAUUUAUGCCAGAGGGCUCAAAGACUCAUAUGGGAGGGACCAUGCGUCUUGGUUCAAGGAGGACUUACUUCCAAGUCGCGGACUGCAAAUCUGCUAAGCUGUAUAACAAUGCAAGUUUUGUUGAUGCACGGCAUCGGCAUAGAUAUGAGGUUAAUCCUGACAUGAUAUCACGUUUAGAAAAUGCCGGCCUGUCUUUCGUUGGCAAAGAUGAAAGUGGGAGGCGCAUGGAGAUAGUUGAACUUCCUGGUCAUCCUUUCUUCAUCGGCGUUCAGUUUCACCCAGAGUUCACAUCCAGGCCAGGGAAACCUUCCCCGCCCUUCUUAGGGUUAAUAACAGCAGCAUGUGAACCAAGGACAGUUCUACCACCAAGCCUUGGCCACGCUAAUAAGUUAAGUAACGGAAAAUAUUAUAGCAAUGGACAUUCAACAAUGUUGAGAGCACACCACAGUGGAAAUGGGUUCAAACCUUCCAAUGGUUCAUUAAAUGUUGUGCUUGCCAAUGGCGGUAAUGGUCCCUUGUACGUGGGGUAAUCAUCAUCUGGAUCUGCUUCUUACCUCAACAAUCUUGGCUAUAAAUUUCUGAAAGGCCUUUGUUUUUCGCGUGUCCUCGGUUACUCUGUACAGUUUUUGAGCUGGUAGAGAGAUCUUUUAGCUCCAAAGGGAGGGGCCUAGGGACUUCUUUCCUGCAUGAAGAAAUUUUGAGUCUAACAGCAUUUAUUUCCAAAAAUUAAUAGGGGCUGAAGAUGUAAAAUUACCCUUGCAACCAAAAGUGUCUUGUUUUACUGAGUGGCCAUUGGUUUGAAGGAGAAUGUACACUGUUCUUAUGUUAUGAAAAAUGGACGUUGGUUCUGUUUGGUUUAAUGAUAUUUGUUGACAAUGAAAUCAUAUCUUUCAUGUUAUCAAUGAUCCA